GGCGAGUACUGCUGGGCCACAUUGAGCCCUUGUCAUUUCCUGGUUAAAGAUGGCGAAUGAGAAUGAGACAGCACCGAAGCCGAAGAAAGAAGAGGAGAUAGACGAUGACCAUGUGCACUGCAGCGACUGCGAAAAUGAAGAGCACCACUUUAAUGAUGGGGAGAAGAGCCCAGGAGACGAUAGUGGUGCCAAGAAGAAAAAGAAGAAACACAGGAAGAAGAAGGAUAAAUCUGGAGGGAAAGAGACCCCUCAGGAUCCCCUGGCCAAGGUGAGCUCGCUUCCAGCAGACAAGUUGCAGGAGAUCCAAAAGGCCAUCGAGCUCUUCUCUGUGGGACAAGGCCCGGCCAAAACCAUGGAAGAGGCGAGUCGUCGAAGCUACCAGUUCUGGGACACGCAGCCUGUGCCCAAACUAGGUGAGGUGGUGACAUCGCACGGCUCCAUCGAGCCAGACAAAGACAACAUCCGUGAGGAGCCCUACAGCCUCCCGCAAGGCUUCUCCUGGGACACCCUGGACCUGAGCAACCCCGCGGUGCUGAAGGAGCUGUACACCCUGCUGAAUGAGAACUACGUGGAGGACGACGACAACAUGUUCCGCUUCGACUACUCGCCGGAGUUCCUUCUCUGGGCUCUGCGUCCCCCUGGCUGGCUGCCUCAGUGGCACUGCGGGGUGAGGGUGAACUCCAACCAGAAGCUGGUGGGCUUCAUCAGCGCCAUUCCCGCCACGAUCCGCAUCUACGAGGCGGAGAAGAGGAUGGUGGAGAUCAACUUCCUCUGUGUGCACAAGAAGCUGCGGUCCAAGCGGGUCGCUCCAGUGCUGAUCCGCGAGAUCACCCGGCGGGUCAACCUGCAGGGCAUCUUCCAGGCCGUGUACACGGCUGGCGUGGUGCUGCCCAAGCCCGUGGGCACGUGCAGAUACUGGCAUCGCUCUCUGAACCCGCGCAAGCUGAUCGAGGUCAAGUUUUCGCACCUCAGCCGGAACAUGACUAUGCAACGCACCAUGAAGCUGUACCGUCUGCCUGAGGCACCAAAGACCUCCGGGUUGCGAACCAUGACCCGGAAGGAUGUCCCGGCCGUGCACCGCCUGCUCCUGCAGUACCUGCGGCAGUUCCACCUGGUGCCUGUCCUCAGCCCGGAGGAGGUAGAGCACUGGCUGCUGCCCCAGGAGAACAUCAUCGACACCUACUUGGUGGAGGGCGGCGAUGGUGAGAUAACGGACUUCCUGAGCUUCUACACACUGCCCUCCACCAUCAUGAACCACCCGGUGCACCGUAGCCUGAAGGCCGCCUACUCCUUCUACAACGUGCACACGGUCACACCCCUGUUGGAGCUGAUGAACGACGCCCUAAUCCUGGCCAAGGCGAAAGGGUUCGACGUUUUCAAUGCACUGGACCUGAUGGAGAACAAGACUUUCCUGGAGAAGCUGAAGUUUGGCAUCGGCGACGGGAAUCUGCAGUAUUACCUGUAUAAUUGGAAGUGCCCCAGCAUGAGCUCAGAGAAGGUGGGCUUGGUAUUGCAGUGACACCCCCCCCCUCCCCCCACCUCGAUCAUGCAAGACUGCCUAGUCAAGAAGACAGCACUGAUGCCCCUCAAGACUGAUGGAUUGAUGGACUUCCUGCUUCAGGAACGAGAAUUACCGCCAACUUUUUUUUUUUCCUAUUUUUUUUUUUUAUUACCCAGGCUGCACUGCUGCUGUUGGGCUGGGGAAGGGGGUAGCGGGGGGGGGGGGUUGCUUAGUACCGGCCCUCCCCCCCCCUUUUCCCCAUCAUUCCCCUGCAUGGAACUGAAGCCAUCGUUUUUCACUUUUCCAUCCCCAACAAUCAGAGAACCAAGUGCAUAACACCUGUACAUCAUGUGGUCUCACACUCUUCAUACACUGUUGGACUGCUUGUCUCACACUCAUUCACAACACUGUCUUUUUUUUUUUUGCUUUCUCCCUCCUUUCUUCCAUGGGAGGAGGAGCUUUUGUUGUUGUCUUCAGAUCGAGCUUGAGAGGAAAUUUAAAAUCUGAACAAUCAAACGAAAGAGAAAUAAAAAAAAAAAUUUAAAAAAUGAAAUAAAUAUCCAGAAUGGACAAAGGGAGAUGGUUGCCGUUGAUGUUUGUAUAUUUGUUUUUUAUCCCCCAAGUAUUUUUAUCUUGUAAGCUGUGUUCUAACCACACCCCUUUCUUUCUCCUUGGUUGUCAGUCCAGAGCAGUUUAGAGAACUUAAGCUGACUGACCUUUGUUGCUUUUUGAUGGUUGAAACGAAAGGGCCUUUUUGUUUUUAGAACAUUUCAUUGUUGUCACUGCUGUAGUAACUGCACUGUGUCUCUAUGGCUCCUUCUAUAACAGGAGUAGGCAAUCUUAUCCACAAAGGGCCGAUGUCUAUGCAGGAUUUUGGGAUAAUCUUUAGGUCAGCCAUUCAAACCCAGGUGUGUGGACUCUUCAGCCAAUCAGCCCUCUAAUUAGUAAUCUAAUUAGGGACUUGCAAUGAAUACCUGCAGACACGAUCGACCUUUCUGGACCAGAUUGGCCGUCCCUACUCUAUAAAAUGACCCAGCUUCUAUGGUUUAACCUGCGGGGCGUGCAGCAAAUCAAACUGGACCGUGGGGAGGGGUUGGGGCCGGAGUUAGGGUUGUGCGGCCACGUGAGUUGAUGGGGCGUGUAAGUUUGAAGUUAGGGGGAGAGUCCGGCCCACUUUCAUUUGUCUCGCUUGGGAGCAGAAUGAAACUGAACCCUAUUACCAAGCUGUUGGUGUCCUUUGUGCCCUCGUAGGAACAUUAAGGUUUUCAAAAGGGGGGGUGGCCUGUUUUAUGGAGAGAGAGAUGAAAGUGCAGGGGUGUUUUGUGCAAAAUAAACUAGAACUGCAAAUUUUGGUUUUUGUCUACCCAACUCAACCGUACUAUUAUAAUUAAAAAUUGCUACUUCGAUACCUCACCUGUGUGCAUAGUAACAAAUGCUUGUGGUGCUGGUUGACUUACUGGGUGUUUAUAUAAAGCCAUACGGGGCACGUGUGGACAAAUGGAAUGAACUUCGGCACGUUUGUGUCUUGCGGUUGUCUUGGCGUUCCAGCAGGGAUCGAUUUCCGAGUGGGUGGCAGCCACUGGAAUAAACAUAGGCGGGGAACCCGAUCAAUUCUGGCAUGGCAGUAAUGACGGGGAACACAAAUGGCCACACUGUCAGUGGGAUGUGUUUUAUACAAGUCAUUGAAACUCUGCACUUAUACCUUGGAAAGUAGCGCUGAAGUCCAUUAAAAAAAACAGGUUGAAGCUAAUUGCUACAAGGUGGCAAUGUGAUUAUGGUCUCAAACUUGCAAGUGAGUAUCCAGUUAUAGGCUGGGCUGGGCUGUUUUAUCCAAAUGGGUAGAGCCAUUCUAUUUUAAUUCAACAAAUUGCCAAAAAUAAAAUGUUUGCCUCACCAUUUUUGAAGAAAUUUGUCAUGAGCGUUACAUCUAAUUUCUAGAGCUCAGAAAUAGUUUUUUUUUCCUUUUGGGAUAUAGUGCCUUUACCACAGGUAGCAAAAAAAUAAUAAUAAUUGAGUCUUAUGAGGUGUCAAUUUUUUAUUUGCUGCUGUUACAGACCCUUGGUUCAGCUAUAGCUUUUGCGGUACCUUUCCCUCCUUUUCACACCUCCUGUCCCACCACUUGGCCCUUUCCGUGGGGGGUUGCAAAAAAAAUGUCGCUUCCCCCCCCCCUUUAUCCCAAAAUCCUAUUCAUGGUGACUUAAUUUCAUGGAGUUUUUUUUCUGUGACAUUGUGCUGCCGAGUCAUCUGUAAAAUAAACAGUUUUGGUAAACCAGA